UAGAAUUAUUGCUAUCUCCAGAUUUGAUUGAUAACAUCACAAAAUCUAUUCCAUUUCGGGAACAAUAAUAUCAUUAGAUUUUUCAUUGCACUAAUUCCUAUUCGAAAUGUUUAUAUUGAUUUUGUUAAUGUUCAUAGUUUCUCCUAUUGGAGUACACGGUGAAGAUCCUAUCAUAGAAAUUACCAAUGGAAAAGUCAAAGGAGAAGUCAUGCUCACUCCAAACAACAGGAGUUUCUACGCUUUUAGAGGAAUACCCUAUGCUAAGCCCCCAGUAGGCGAUCUUCGAUUCCAGCCACCUCAGAAACCAGACGAUUGGGAGGGUGUAUUAGACAGUGAUGCCAAAAAUAGAAUGUGCGUGCAAUUGAGCUUAGAUUUGCUUCCCGAUGAGAGUGAAGAUUGCUUAUAUAUUCAUGUCUAUACGCCACAGUUACCGACUCAGGAAGACAAUGUAUCCCUUCCUGUCAUGUAUGUUAUACAUGGGGGAGCAUUUGUAGCCGGAAGUCCCUCUUUGGAAGAGCUGGGGCCACAUUUUCUGAUGGAUUACGAUGUUAUCGUGGUUACCGUCGGAUACAGAUUGGGAUUUUUGGGAUUCCUCUCCACUGGGGAUUUGAAUUGUCCGGGGAAUAACGGCUUUAAAGAUCAGCAGUUUGGUCUGAGAUGGGUCAGGGAGAAUAUAGGAAGUUUUGGCGGAGAUCCUGAUAGAGUUACCAUCUUUGGACAGAGUGCUGGUGGCGCUUCUAUAGGUUUCCAGUUGCUGGGAUCAGAUUCCGAAGAUCUUUUCAUCGGAGCUAUACAGGACAGUGGCACAUCUUUGGGGGACUGGACCAUACAGAGAAACCCUAAGGGGAUAGCCUACAAGUUUGCAAACCAUAUAAACAGCUCCAUCACAGAAAAUAAUACAUCCACGUCUGAACUCUUGAGAUUCUUCAGCAACUUAGACGUACAACAGAUAAAAACAUCAUGCGCUGAAGUAUUUGGGGCAGGUUUAAUUGGAGGGUUUUAUAACACUUUAUGGGGGUUUCUAUUCGCUGGCACCAUUGAACCUGAACAUGAAGGAGCUUUUUUGACGGAGGCUCCAUAUCAGAAGUUUUCAACAGGGAAUUUUCAGCAGGUUCCAACACUGAUUGGUUUCAAUUCAGAAGAGUGCCUUUUUCUGGCUUUAGAUUCAAACCUAAAAGAACGUAUGGCUGAUUAUGACAAAUACCCUGAGAAUUACGUCCUUCCAGAUAUGCAUAUUGAAGAUUUGACAACUAAAAAGUUAGUUGGAAAGAAAAUAAGGGAAAUUUAUGAUUCAUCUGGGUCGCUUCAUCAAAAUGAAUCUCUCUCAAUAAAGUAUUUCAGUGAAACAACCUUCGUCAGACCAAUCAUCAAACAGGCAGAAUUAGAAUCGAAAUAUACUGAUGUUUAUUUAUACCAAUUUGCAUAUUCUGGAGAGAUGGGAAGGAGUUUUAUGGACGUUGAUGUGCCAGGGGCUGACAAGGUUGUGCAUAGUGAAGAGCUGAAGUAUAUGUUCAAAGCGAAAGAUUCCAACGAUAUUUAUUCAUUCCCAGAGGAAGACAGAAUCACAAUGAAACGAUUACUUACUAUGUGGACGAACUUUGUUAAAUACCAGAAUCCAACACCGAAACCGCUUGAAAUACUUCAGAAAACAAUUUGGCCUAAGAUUCAGUCGGUGGAUGAAACACCUUAUUUGUUGAUAAACGAUACUUUGGAGGUCAAGUAUGACUACCAAAAAGACACCAUGGAAAAAUACCAAAAUUUGUAUGAUACUUAUGCUGUACCACCUUUAGAUACGUAUGCUCAUAGUGAAGAUCCCAUUGUACAAAUAUCUAAUGGAAAAAUCAAAGGAGAAAUGAUGGUCACCCCUUACAACAGGAGUUUCUACGCGUUCAGGGGUAUACCUUACGCCAAACCCCCACUUGGAGAUCUCCGCUUCCAGGCACCUCAAAAACCUGAUAACUGGACAGGUAUACUGAACAGCGAUGCAAAGGAUAGAAUAUGCAUACAACUGUACUCACAAUCCCAACCAAAUGAGAGCGAAGAUUGUUUGUAUAUACAUGUUUACACACCACAGAUACCCUCAGAAACACAGAAAGUUUCUCUGCCUGUUAUGUAUGUCAUCCAUGGUGGGGGAUUUGCUUACGGUACUCCGACCCCUCAAGAGCUAGGUCCUCAAUACUUGAUGGAUUACGACGUGGUAGUUGUUACAGUUGGAUACAGGUUGGGAUUUCUGGGUUUUCUAUCAACUGGGGAUUUGAAUUGUCCUGGUAAUUAUGGACUCAAGGAUCAACAGUUUGGGCUGAGAUGGGUACAAGAUAAUAUUCGGCACUUUGGUGGAGAUCCAAAAAGAGUUACAAUUUUUGGCGAGAGUGCGGGCGCUGUCAGCGUUGGUCUGCAUUUGUUGGGCGAAAAUUCUGAAGGUCUUUUCAUUGGAGCAAUACAAGACAGUGGAUCAUCUCUGGCCAAUUGGGCUCUUCAAACUAGCCCCAAAGAUAUCGCAUACAAGCUCGGAAAACAGAUCGAUUCAACGAUAAACGAGAAUAAUACUUCGACAUCAGAACUUGUGAGAAUCUUCAGAGCUCUAGAUAUUCCACGAUUGAAAAAGGCUUGCGCUGAAGUUUUUGGAGAAGGGUUUCAAGCAAAUUACAACGACAUUUACCAGGGAUUUCUUUUAACUGGUACAAUCGAACCAAAACAUGAUGGCGCUUUUCUAACGAAAUCUCCCUUCCAGUCGUUAAUCAAGGGAGAUUUCAUCAAGGUUCCAACACUUCUUGGUAUUAACUCCGAAGAGAGUCUAUUCUUAGCUGAAGAUCCAACACUUGAAGAUAAAAUGGCGUAUUUUGACCAGAACAAAGAACUUUAUGUGCCUCCGAAUAUGCAUAUAAGUGACCAAAAGACCAAGAAACUGGUUGGAGAAAAGAUAACAAGAAUGUAUGAUCCAUCAGGUUGUUUGCAUCAAAAUAAAGCUAUUUCUAUAAGGGUUCAUUGUAAACGUCCAGUUGUUAAAAUUCACAAUGGCAAAGUCAGAGGAGAGAUUAUGGUCACUCCAAACAACAGGACAUUUUACGCUUUCAGAGGAAUUCCUUAUGCCAAACCACCCCUUGGAGAUCUUCGCUUCCAGCCACCGCAAAGAAUUGAAAACUGGAAAGGUGUUCUGGACAGUAAGGCGAAAGAUAGGAAGUGUAUACAGAUAACCUCUAAACUGCAACCAAAUGAAAGUGAAGAUUGUUUAUACAUUCACGUAUAUACCCCUCAGCUACCAACAGAAGAAGAAAAAGUUUCCUUACCAGUGAUGUACGUGAUACACGGAGGAGCCUUUGUGUUUGGAACUCCAACUCCUGAAAUGUUGGGGCCUCAGUACCUCAUGGAUUAUGACGUUGUUAUCGUUUCUGUUGGAUACAGAUUGGGAUUUUUGGGAUUUCUGUCAACUGAAGACCUGAACUGCCCGGGUAACAACGGAUUUAAGGAUCAACAAUUUGGUUUGAGAUGGGUUCAAGAAAAUAUCCAUGCGUUUGGUGGUGAUCCAAAUAGAGUCACUAUCUUCGGUGAAAGUGCUGGGGCUGCUAGUGUUGGUUUUCAGUUGCUAGGGACGAAUGCUAAAGGUCUGUUUAUUGGUGCAAUACAGAACAGUGGAUCAGCCUUGGUCAACUGGGGUCUACAAAGAAAUCCCAAGAAAAUAGCCUACGGCUUCGCUAAGCAUAUUAAUUCCAGUAUAGAUGAAGACAACACGUCAACAUCAGAAUUGGUGCGAUAUUUUAGGACCCUCGAUGUUCAACAGAUCAAAUCAGCGUCGGUAGAGGUCUUUGGAGAAGGGUUGCUCUCUUGCCACUAUAACACCUUGGCUGGUUUCCUGUUUGCUGGUACCAUCGAGCCAAAACAUGAGGGUGCAUUUUUAACAGCCGCCCCUUACCAAAAAUUCCUCAAAGGAGAUUUCAACAGGGUUCCAACAAUGCUAGGUGUAACAUCCGAAGAAAGCCUCUUUUUAGGCAACGAACCGGCCCUCGAAGAAAGGAUGGCUCAUUACGAUGAAAACCCGGAAAAUUAUGUUUUAGCGGGUAUGCACGUAAAUGACGUGAAAAUUAAGAGAAAAAUCGGGAAGAUUAUAAGGGAAAUAUAUGACACUUCGGGUUCAUUGAGGAAAAAUAAAGCUCUUGCUAUCAAGUAUUUCAGCGAUACAACAUUCGAUAGACCAACUAUCAAGCAAGCGCAACUUCAAUCCAAAUACACAGACGUUUUCUUUUACAUAUUCGGAUAUUCUGGCAAAAUGGGAAGGAAUUGGUUGAGCGCAGACGUACCUGGUUCUGAGAAGGUGGUGCAUGCUGAGGAUAUGAUGUAUCUUUUCCACAAUUUCGAAUCGAAAGACAUCUACUCAUUUCCUGAACAGGACAGACUUACUAUGAGAAGAAUGCUCACGUUAUGGUCCAAUUUUGUGAAAUAUCAAAAUCCCACUCCGGAACCGCAGGAAAUUUUGGAGAAUACUAUAUGGCCGAAAGUUCGUUCACCGAAUAGUAUGCCUUAUCUACUUAUAAAUAAUACACUGAGUGUGAAGUACAAUUAUAAAAGGAAAAUGAUGGAUGUUUACCAAAAAUUGUACGAAGAAUAUCCUUUAAAUCCCCUUGACACAUAUUGAGGAAGUCAUAAAAUAUUGAAACACAGAUGACGUAAAUAGUUAUUUUUUUUAAAUUUCCAUGAACAUUGUCUGAAAUAUUUUAUUAUUGUAAUAUUUUAAUGAUUGACUGAAGAAAUGAUUAUUAUAAAACAAAAAUAAAUAUGACAGCUCAAAUGUGA